AUGUUCGCUUCUAUGACGAUCAUCAAAGCUUUGCUGGUCAUUGCUUCCACUACUAUCGUCGCCAUGGGUGCACCGCAGAAACGAUUUGGAGGACCUCUGGCAGACCAAUUUUGGGAAGAACAUCCAAGCACCGAAGACGUUAAAUCUGGGGAUUCAUCAUGGAUAGAAGCAUCUAUAUGUUCAAUACUCGAAAGGAACAGAGCCGAAAUCGAAGGGCAUAUCAAAUUUGAUGGCGAUUGGCGAGCUAUUCGUGAAGCAAGCUGCACAGUCUUUGAGCUUGAUCAACACAACGUAUUCACAUACACCACUGGGUGGACAGAGGAUUUAAAAUCCAACUGGUGGGUGCAUACCGUCAGAAAUGCUAUUUGGAAACAAAGUGAUGCCGUCCCUGGUGGCUGGGCGACCGAGAAUUUCUUGCUCAUCGAUUCAGAAACCCAUGCCAAGGCCGAUACCGGUCUAUGGAAAAUUACUGGGAGAGAAAGUAAAUUAGAGACUGAAAAUCUAGGAUUUGAUACACUGAGGGACCUCUUCUUAAAGGCAGAGAACACCCCUAUGGUAAUCAAAUCGAAGAAGGACGGUUUGAAAAAAUUAUCAAAAAGUCGAUUCUAUGGUAUAAAGAAGAUGGUGCAAAACGAUAUUUAUUGCGAAGUGACACUCUUCGACCCAAAAGGAGGAAAAGGACACACCCUGACAUACGACCUUCAAUGGUUUCAGAGCGAUGUUGCUGAAGUUGGCUAUCUUCUCUGA